AUGGACAGUGUUCGUUUUAUUAGCAGAUCCUUAUGUUGUGUUCAGAGCUUAGAAAUCCUUAAUCAAUUCGUUGAGGGAGAUGAAUUUUUAGAACAUAUGCUAAACACGACAGAUCCGAAAGUACAAGCUCUCGCAGGAAGUAUUUUCAUCAAAUUAAUGAAAUUUUUUUAUGAUAAAUACCGCCAACCAGUCUAUAAUUUCAUUAUUACACACGAAAUUAACGAUUUAACACUUAAAACUAUAUCAACAUGCGCAAUGUCAUUAAGUAAAAUAAUUAAACGAUCAGACCUUUCUCCAACGGAAUUUUUCACAGAUGAACUUUUUACACAAGUAAAUAUUCUUCUAGAAUGUUCAAAAAACUGUGCUGUUAUCAGCGCAUUAAAUUUAGCAAGAAGGCUUAUUGAAAAACGUGCUGAUAUCAAUAAAUUUAACUACAAACAAAUAUUUUAUUUAAUGUGCGCCCAGAAUCCAACUGUUAAGCAAAAAGCAAUUAAUGCAUCCUUUAUUAUGUCAAGUGUGUGCUGUGUUUCCUUCUCUGAAGAUUCGAUCAAUAAAAUUUUGUUAAUUUUAGCUAAUACAAUCAAUGAAUCUUCUUUCAAAGAAACUGCGAAAGCAAUUACAUUUCUACUUCAAAUGUACUUAUAUUCCCAUCAAAAAGUUUUUAAUUUAGCUGUAGAUUUAUUUGAGAAAUUAGUUGAAAUUCUUAAUAAUGAAUGUAGCUGCGUUGUCCAGAUUCUAUCACUGAUUAUUAAAAUGACAGAAUACUCAGAAGAGAACAAUUACACAGAACAAAUUUUGGAAUUAUUUUCAGAUUAUAAUUUGGAUAAUGCGCUGAAUGAGUUCAUUAAUGGUAAUGAUGAUGGAAAGAGAUAUCAUGCUCAGAGAAUUAGAGAUUUUAUCGAUAAAAACACUAAUCAAGAUUAA